CAAUCCGGGUCGUGUUCUAUGAUGAUUCUGCAGCGUGUGGCGGCUUGGAAGUUUGUAGCCGUGUGGAGCUCGAGCUGUCGAGAGAGCUACAGCUUCAGAGAUCGAGGCAACAGGUAGUGUGUGUCCUCUCAGUCAUGAAGGGUCGCGAUGGAAGACGAAGUUAUGAUUAGAGCAAAGCUCUUCCACAACAGAGUUCGUGAGUGUAUUAUCUGUGCACUACUGUUCACUGCUUUGUAUAUUCUCUCCUAUCUGGUUAUCACUCGAUUUAAGAAGAAUGCAGACUUUGCAGCAGACAAUAAUGAAGAUGCAACAGUAAAUCGAAUCACGUUAUGGAUGUGCACAUUCACCCUCGCAGUAUCUGCUGGGGCGGUCUUCCUUCUUCCAUUUUCAAUUAUUAGCAAUGAGGUCCUGCUUUCAUUGCCAGAAAACUAUUACAUGCAGUGGUUGAAUGGUUCACUAAUUCAUGGCCUAUGGAAUCUUGUUUUUCUCUUUUCCAACAUCUCUCUGGUGUUCCUGAUGCCUUUUGCGUACUUCUUCACUGAAUCAGAGGGAUUUGCUGGCUCAAAAAAGGGAAUAAUGGCUCGAGUUUAUGAAACAUUUGUUGUCCUCUUCCUUCUGACCCUUCUGGUUCUGGGGAUUGUGUGGGUGGCAUCUGCAAUUAUCAAUAAUGAUGCAGCUAGCAGAGAAUCUCUGUAUGAUUUGUGGGACUAUUACCUUCCAUACCUCUACUCCUGUAUUUCUCUAUUUGGAGUUCUGCUUCUCCUCUUGUGCACUCCUUUUGGCUUGUCCCGCAUGUUCACUGUCACUGGCCAGCUACUUGUAAAACCCAGGCUUUUGGAGGAUCUGGAUGAACAACUCAAUUGUACACGAUUUGAGGAGGCUGCUGUGCUGCAUAAGCUAAAUGGCAAGAUGUCACCUUGCUGGGUGUUUUUCAGUGUGGAGUCCCUUAAGUAUCACUUCCUGAGUAUCCAUGCCAGGAGGAUUAAGUUGGAAAUAAGGAGAAGAGCAUCACCUUGGCAAAGAAACCUGGGAUAUCCGUUAGUCAUGUUGCUGCUUCUGGCAUUAACAGGUAUCUCAGUGCUAUUGGUGGGAUACCAUGUUCUUGAAUUACUAAUCGAUGAAACAGCCAUGCCUAAAGGAAUGCAGGAUCCUCCUCUGGGGAAAGACUCUCUCUCUAUGUUUGGUUCACUUGGAGCAGCUGUGGAAGUUGUUCUCAUUUUUUACUUAAUGGUGUCAUCAGUUGUUGGAUUUUACAGUUCCCCAUUUUUCAUCAAACUUGCCCCCAAGAAGCAGGACACCACCAUGACUAAGAUAAUCGGGAACUGUGUGUCACUGCUUGUUCUGAGCUCAGCUCUGCCAGUAUUCUCCCGGACUCUUGGAAUCACAAACUUUGACUUGUUGGGGAACUUUGGCAGUUUUAACUGGCUUGGAAAUUUUUACAUCAUCUUUCUCUACAACAUGCUUUUUGCUGGCCUCACUGCAAUGUGUCUGGUCAAAAAAUUCACCAGGGCUAUGCAAGCGGAACUUCUCCAUGCAUUUGGCUUGGACAGAUUGCCUCUUCCGGUCACCAGAUCCCGCACCUCUGCCAAGAUGGGUCCAGCAAGUAGCAAAGGAUUUGUGUAACAUUGUUGGAUGGUUAUGUUUGAUGGACCAGCCACAAAAGGGACUGAAUAAUGUCAACACUACACUGUGAAUGCUGCUAUCAGUUGGGUUUCGAAGUUCCAAGGCCUUCUCGUGAUUCCAGGUUCAAGGAACAUGAACUUUUAAACUCAGGAUUGGACAGUUCCUUUCAGCAAAUCCCUGGACUCCUGGGGAUGCCUCAAAUUUCUCUCUCCCACCUUCGAGAAACCAAACUUUGUUUACAUCAGUCGAAGCUGGAAUUACCAUAAUGAGUGAGACCUCAUUAUCUAACAGUUACGCAACUACUAUGAAAUGGAAUUAAUCCAAAAAGGCAGAUAUUUCAAACAGUUAAAUGUUUACAUUACAUAUUCUGUGCAAUAUGUUUUUUUUAAAAAUGUGGUUUUAGUCUGUUUUAUUUAAAGUGUUUUCCAUCUUUGGAUGUUGCCAGUGUCUUUUCUAAUUUACUGUUUAUUGGUUGGUGUUCCUUCCAUUUUUUUAUUUUAAACUGUUUUCAAGUAGUGCCUGUCAAAAUGGCUACAUUCUGAAGCAUUUCCAUGUCUGCCAGUAAUAGUGGAAACUGGGGUUAGGAGUGCUGAAAGCUGUUCAGAAUAAAGCUGAAGUGUGCAUUUUCUGUAUGGAAACACAUUUUUUUAUAAAGUGACUAAGUUUGAAGAGUUUUGACCGUCUUAAUUAUUGCAAGAUGCUGUUCGGGAAAGUCCUCCAGGAUAUUUCUCCAGAUCAUGCACCUUCCAGAAUCAUUUAAUAGAAGCAGUGACAAGUACUGCUGACUGAGCACGCCCAGGUUUAACCAUGCAGUGAAGAAAAUUAGAGCUUAAGUGAGAUUUACUAAUUUAACUGUCAGAGAAUACUAAGUCGUAAAUGUGAAUCUUUUGGUUAAGAUUUGGGCAGAAGAGAUGAGAUGGUUGUCAUUGUAUUACUUGUUUCAAUGCAAAAUUACUGGAGUUCUAAGCUGCACUGAUUGCUGGCAAUUUUCUUUAGUAUUUACUAAACUGGUGUUUUGUAAAUGGAGUGGGUAAUGUUGGCAUUAAGGAUGUUAAUGAAGCCAAACUCGUUGUCCCAUUGCUUGGUAAUAGUUUUUACAUCAUUAACCUUUUUUGUUCUGUUAAUGGAUUAAGUGUGUCAGGAGCUCAAAUUGCAUCUCUGCAAACAUUCGGGUUGCUUUCUGCCUGGCCCAAAGGCAGAACUUCACUCGAUUGAAGGAUUGAAUUGAAUUGCAUUUCAUUUCUACUAGAUUUGAAUGGCACUAACUUGAGUUAUCUGCCAGCACGGCGGAUUAGAGAGGUAUCUGUACACAAGUGUAGUCUGUAUAAAUAAAUGAGCUGUCGACAAAUCAUUCCCAUUUCCAACAUCAAAAACCAGAUGAUUAAUGCUUUCUAGCCACUAAUCUCUGUGUGGGUUUAUUAUAAAAUUGCUAGUGUUAGUUUAGGCAUUUGGGUUGUUUUUUCCACCGGAGUCCAAAGCUUUUUUUUGUGUAACAGCUUGCAGAUAUUAUGGUAAGCCAAUUUUUAGAAGUGGUGGUCACCUUUGAUGCAUUUCUGUCCACCAUAGCCUGCACUGCAUAACCAAUUGCUAGAAGGGUGCACGUGGGUACUGGCUCUUCUGGUUUCCUUGUGGUGACUGUCUGGCUCCCCUGCAGUGCUUCUGACUCCUAUUGGUGAGGAACUUCCUCAUGAUGGCAUCAAAAUUUGGAAAUUGAAAACUCCUGUCACUGCAAAAUGUUUGACAAAUAACUCUAAUUACAUCCCUGCAUCUUGGUCAUUCGGUCUUUGUCCCAGGCAGAAAGUAAUUUCAAAUGUUGCUCCUAAAAUAGUGCUGCAUAAUUAAUUGCAGUUACAAAUUAGGCUAGUUUGCAGCAGUGGUAGAUAAUUGUAAGAUAUAAUUUGUUCUGGGAUACUAUUUAGGUUUUAUUUGAAUAUAAGAGUUGAUUUAAGCUGUGUAAGCCUGUAAAAGAUUCAGAAGUGGUGAUUUCUGCAAAAGAACAGGCAUCAAUGGUGUGAAGUACUUGUGCUGGAAGCCAAGCAUAUCAGUAGAUGUCAGUACAGUUGGACAGAAACUUGGAGGGAACUUUGCAGUUGCUACUUGAGCAGAAUAGAUGUGACUUUGCUCAGCAUCCCAGUACCAACCAGGAUAAAGGUUGAUUGUUUGGAAUUUAGGAGAGGAGUGAGCCAAGUCUGACGGCUAUUUAAAGUUCUUAAAGUUGAACUUGAGUGAAGUCCUAUUCUGUUGAUGCUAGCUUGAAACAUCCUUUAUGAAGGGUAGUGGCCAUUUUGACAGUUUGGGAUGACUCAGUGUUUAUCCUUGCAGCUGCUUUGCCUGAUUUCUCUGGAGGUCUUUGUAUGACUCCACCAUUUGUUUGUGUUGAACUUCACUCCGACCAACCACGUGGAUUGUGAUGGUUGAAAAUAAUUUUGAUUUCUCAAAUGCAACAAAACUCUCUCUUGCAGUGUUUAAAAAGGUAAUUAUAGAAAGAAAUCCAGAUAGAUCCAAGCUGGUUGUUGUGGGCUAGUCUUUAUAUCAAUCCAAAUGAUUUGAAAAAGCUGAAUGGACAGUUUGCAUUCAUACCUUCAGCAUUAUGAAUUGGAGGAGGAGGUUGAGAAGUGUUCACAGUUUUAACUCCAAAACAUGAGUUUGCCAAGUGUCUUGUAUCAAAUAGGCAUCCUGGAAGAUUUAAGCUGUGAGAAUAUGUAUGAAUGAAACUAAUAUAGAAUGCUUGUUAAAAUCUGAAACCAAUUUAGCUGAAAAAUAAUCAGCUUGUAAAAAUGUAUUGGCAGACAGCAAGUGUGUUUGAGAAGUAGAAUGGAAUUGGUUGCAGUGAAAUUGACCUCUGGUUGCAAUGAACAAUGUUUGUCAUCUUUGGUGCUCUUGCUACAUAUUAAAUGUUUUUUUCAUCACAGUCAAAUUUAAGUACAAUGGAUGGAAAUACAAUUUGGAGAGCAUAGUUUUUUUUUUCACCACACUAGUCUAUAAAUUAACUAUUACCGAAUGCCUUUUUCCAAUGUGUUUCUCAUUUCAUCACUUUGUUAUGUAUGUAGUGCAAAUUCAUUCCCCAGAUGGAUGCCAAUUAAUAAGCCAUGUAGAUCAGUUGGUCUGCUGCCCUCAAUGCAAGCAGCUCGCUGCUUAGGCUGGUACACGAAGGGCUAUUUGGCUAUAGACAGACUGGUGCCCAUUGGACUGUACCCCAAUGUGAGUCAAUGCCUUUAGAAGAGGAAAAGAUAAUGUUGGGAAGCAAUUUGUUUCAGCGAGCAAUGACUCUUUGCUCCCUGUCAGAAUAUCUGUCUCUCUCAUCAAAAAUUGACAUUCCAAAUGUAAGGUUCAGAUUUUUUUUCAAACCUGUGAGGACUUUUUGGCUGAACGAUGAAAAUUCCCAGUUAUGGCGAAUAUCCUGAAUGCUGUGUUAGUUAAGGAAUCGCAAAUACUUGGGAGGUCUAGCAUUCCAAAUUUCCAGCAGCCUGAUCUCCUAAAGUUGCUCUAUAUUGGAGUGAAAUGGCUUUGAUUGUAUAAUCAUCUCCUAUGACUAUGUCUUUUUAAAAACUCCAUUGUUUGGUAAAUGUGUUGUGAUUUGAAAUUGUAAUGUAAUCUGUUUGUAUCUUUGUGUACAAUCUGUUAAAGACAAUACAAGUAAAAUGCAUUUUUUAAAAGGU